AUGACUUUCAUCAAGCCAGGUAGUAGCAUGACGAGAAGGCUGUUUCCCAGCGGAGUCGAGCAGGAAAUGCUCACCGUGGGCUCGGCGCACACUCCGACACCGUUUAUCGUUCGAGUCAGUCUAGUGGAUGCUGUGAGCCCCUUCGUAUUGAUUGACUCGAGUACCAUGCCCGCCGCUUAUAUUUACUCAGGGCGUACAUCCAUCCUCUCACUCGGAAUCAUCGAGGAGAUCCGCGUUGCCGGGGCCUUGCGGUUUGGUCUCGCUCGAGACACUGCUACGGCGGGGGGGGUUAGAGGUACCCCUAAAAUCGCCCUUCUAUAUCCAGCUAGACAUGAGAUAGAUGUAGAAGGCCACGUUGAUGAGGCUGGUAUUGAAAUACUACCUUUCAGCCUGGGUCAACUUCAUCCCAGCCUUCAGUUACCGGGAGCCAUCUGUCUCGGCACCGCGCUCAGCAUACCGGGAACGGUGGCAUGGGAUCUUCGGCGCCAAAAAGCCGCACAUACCAACCAUAAUUUCUCUCUAGCACAGCAAGCCAUCAUGAUUGAUCCAACAAUGAGCACAGUCAAGUGGCUGCUCAAACAUCCCAGCGGACUGAUGGACGUGGAGGCAAGUUUGGAAACGCACGAGAACGGGGAGAGAUUCGUGGAAGGCGUCAGCGUGUUCCGCACCGCACGACGACUAUUUGAGGGAAAGGUGUUUUAUCGCCUGUAA